AUGCAGCCGCCCAGCGCGAGCGAGGCGCGGCGCGGCGUGCCGGCGUCGCCGUCGGCGGCGGAUGUCAUGCGCGCGUACCGUGAGCGGCGGCAGAGUGCGCGGCGCGGCGUACUGAGCCGGUACCGCGUGCUGGGCUUCCUGAAUGCGGGUACGUACGGCCGCGUGUACAAGGCAGAGGACGCGCCGUUGACCGCGUCUGCGGAGCGCCCCGGCGUGUACGCGAUCAAAAAGUUUAAGUUGGACCGCGAGGAUGAUACAACGCUCUUCCGCGGAGUCAGCCAGAGUGCGAUUCGCGAGAUAGCCCUGAAUCGCGAGCUCGCGCACGAGAAUGUGUGCCGGCUAUGGGAGGUCCUGCUGGAGGACAAUGCCGUCUUUCUCGUGUACGAGUUUGUCGACCACGACUUUUUGCAGAUCAUCCACCACUAUCUGACGGUCGUGCGCACGCCGAUCGGCGGCGCCAUGAUCAAGUCGCUCAUGUGGCAGCUGCUCAACGGGAUCGCCUACCUGCACGCGAAUGGCGUGAUGCAUCGUGACCUCAAGCCGGCCAAUAUUCUCAUCACGGGGCGUGGUGUCGUCAAGAUUGGCGAUCUUGGUCUUGCGCGCAUUUAUUCGGACCCGCUCAUGUCGCUGUACACGAGCGACAUGGUUGUCGUUACGAUCUGGUACCGCGCGCCGGAGCUCCUGCUGGGCGCGCGGCAUUACACGCCUGCGAUUGAUCUAUGGGCUGCCGGAUGCAUCUGGGGCGAGCUCAUGGCACUGCGCCCCAUGUUCAAGGGCGAGGAAGUGCGCAUGCCAACCAGGAGCAAGACCGUGCCUCUGCAAGUCCACCAGCUCAGCAAGAUCGUCGACGUGCUCGGCACGCCUGACACGGAGCGCUGGCCGCGCAUCACGGCCAUGCCCGAGUACUCUGCUUGGGUGGCAUCGCGGCGCUCCCACAGCGUGCCAACGACCCUGUACCGGUGGUACGUCGACCGGUCCGGGACCUCGAGCGGCUUUGGUCUAUUUGACCGGCUACUGCAGUACGAUCCCGAGCGCCGCGCGACUGCUGCGGAAGCACUGGAGCACCCAUGGUUCGCCGAGGCGCCGCUCCCUCAGACCACAGUACGUCGCGUGCACUCACCAGAAAUCGGCGUGGGUCUCGUAUCGGGUGGCCUGCUCUUCUUGGUGCUAGGAAUCGUACUGUUCUUUGAUGCGACGCUUCUGGCACUUGGAAACGUGCUGUUCCUUGCGGGCAUCGCGCUGCUGAUUGGCCCCCAAAAGACGCUUCUGUUCUUUGCGCGGCCGCAAAAGAUCCGCGGCACCGUGUGCUUCUUUGCGGGCAUGGCACUCGUGUUUGUGCGGUGGACGGUGCUCGGCAUGAUGGUCGAGUUGGUCGGCUUCCUGAAUCUAUUUGGGUACGCGCUCCUGCUCACGCAGCGACUUUUUCCCCGUCAUCCUGAGCUUUUUGCGGCAGAUGCCGCUCGUUGGUACGCGACUCGGCUGACCCAGGUCAUGGACCAGCUCGCCGGCGCACGCCGCUCGGCUGUGUAG